AUGGCUGCUGCCUUGAGAAGGAAUUUCUGUCGAGAGUGGAUGGAGUUCUUCAAGAAGACGCUAACUGUGAUGACUAUUCUUGACAAAGGAUUUUGGAGAAACUCAUUAUAUUUUUUGGAAAGAAGAGGAGAUGUCACCGUCGGUGAUGUUCAAAAGUAUUUGAACUCAAGGAAGAUGAUAAAGAAGGAAAUCCACAAGACCUUGAAGGGAAUGGAAAGAUCAAGUUCUCAAAAAAGUGAUGAAAGUUCAGAAAUUGUUAGUAUGUUAAAAGAGGCAGAAACUGUCACAUAUAACAACAUUGAAUCCUUGUUGUCAUUUAUAGCAGGAUCAAAGUUGCCAUCAAAGAUCAGCAAAUGGUCUUUCGUUUCUAAGUUCAUGCAACCAAAGAAAGUGGUGAGCAAAGAAGAUGACACAAGUGGAAAUGAAGUAGAGAUGGUGGAUGCUGCAUUAUAUUCAAUCACCAGUCACAAAUCUGAUUGCAUUGUGCAAAUUGAAGAUGUGCAAAUCUUGCUGAGGAAAUUAGAGUCAAGUAUUCAAGACCUCGAAGAAGACCUUGAGAGUUUAUAUCGGCACCUUAUCAAAAAUAGGGUUGCCUUCCUUAACAUUCUAAAUCACUAAUAGCCAAUUCCACCAAAAUUUCCAUUUUUGUAGAUGUAAAACAUCACAAUACAUGUACAAUACAUAACAUUUUUUAAAUCAAGAUUAUGUAUACAAUAUCAUCUUCUUCUCUAGCUAA